AUGUCAGAUAAAGAAGCAUUAAAAAUAUUUUCAAGACAACCAGUUUCUUUAGAAAUGAUUGAUUUUUUAGUUUCAACAACAAAUUCAAUAAUACAAGUUAAAAAAUCAUCAACCUCAACUUCAUCAUCAAACACUUGCAGAGUAAAAACUAUAUCAUUAACAGAAUUUAUAAAAAAUUUAAUAAAUUAUUCAAAUGUUCAAACUCCAACAUUAAUGUCAACAUUAUAUUAUUUAAAUAAAUUAAGAAAUCAUUUACCUGCUAACGCAGUAGGAAUGGAAACAACAAGACAUCGUAUAUUUUUAUCAUGUUUAAUAUUAGCAGCAAAAUCCCUUAAUGAUUCAUCACCAUUAAAUAAACAUUGGACAAAAUAUACAAAUGGUUUAUUAAAUCUUUAUGAAAUUAAUUUAGCUGAGCGUGAAUUAAUUAAUUUAUUAAAUUGGAAUUUAAAAAUUAAUGAACUGAAUAUGAUUUUAUUAUUACAACCUUUUUUAUUACCAAUAAAACAACAAUUAAUAUUAAAACAUAAAGAAUUAUCUAUAAAGAAAUUAAAUUAUUAUAAAUUAAGUUAUAAACCAAAUUCAUCAACUUCAAGUUCAUUAGCUUCAGCUUCACAAUCAUCACUGUCAAUAAAUUCAUAUAAUUCAAAUUAUUCAUUAUCUUCAUCAAAUUCAAAUUAUUCAUUAAUUUCAAAUACUUCUUCAACAAGCUCAUAUUCAGAUGAAAGAAUCCCAUUAUCUAAUAAAUCAAUUAAUAACUUACCUAGUUUACCUAUUUUGAGUAAAAAGAUGGAUGAUAAACAAUUACAACAACAGUAUCAAUACCAAUCAUAUUCACAAUAUCAAACACAAUAUCAACAACCUUAUCCACAAAAUCAUCCACAAUAUCAACAACAACAACAUCAAAAAUCAAAACCUAUAAUAAAACGUAAAAGAUCAAUGAUGAAUUAUUUAAAUAAUUCAAGAAUUAUAAAUUAA